AAUUGUUUUUCUGCAACUGGUCAUUCAACAUAAUGAGUCAAAGGUAUACUUUUGAGAAAAACUCUUCAAGCAGGACAGAUUUUUCACGUGGAUGGGACGAUAGCACAACAACAACAAGAGAUAUAAAAGGUCUCACUAAGAAUAAUUCUCGUGAUUCACUGACGUCCUAUAAACAGAGAAAUGGUCAACGUGGCGAAUUUAAUACAAAAAAUAAUAAAGAAUCUAAUUUUUCUGACGAUUGGUUACCAUCUAACCGCUCUAUACCCAAUGGACAUCGAAACUAUGCUAACUUAGGAGAUAACGAUGAGGAUGACCUCAGCGAUUUAGAUAGUGACGAUGAUGUGGAUGUUGAAGAUGAUAUUGACGAUGAUGAUGAUGAAGAAGACGAAGAUUGGGUCGCUUCUGAUCAUGACAGAAAGCGUUCUAAUCGUACCUCUCGAACACAGAUUACUCAUUCAUCACGUAAAACUACCACCAAUAGUAGUUAUAGUUCACAUCGGAAAACCUCCUCCUCGCAUGGAGGUGAUCGUUCUCAACGUAGACCUGGUGGAAGUUUAUCCCGAACAAGUCAUUACAAUACUUCUUCUGGAAAUACUCGUGUUACCGCCUCUUCGAAUAAAACAUCUUCAAAGUCUGUUGGUCGGCCUAAAAAUAGUAGUCGAUAUCAAGGCGGUGGUGGGGGUGGAGGCGCUAGAACAACAGCUCAUACAUCAUCAUCUAGUCGAAAAGUGAAUAGACGUAGACGUGAAAAAGUGAAAACAACAGAUGAGAAUAAAAAUCCACAAAAAUCCUUUGAAUCAUCAAUACCGAAUGAGUUGAAAAAGCCUAGACAAUGUUUUGGUCCGGGGUGUACACGACCUGCAGCUAGACCAGAUACAAAAUAUUGUUCCAAUGAAUGUGGUCGUAAACUUGCUAUCAAACGUUUAGAAACUCUAUUACCAGAAAGUUGUAAAACUUGGUAUCCUGAUCUUUUAACAAAAGAUAAAAACAGUCUAUAUGAACUGUCAAAAUUACCUGAUUGUAUGGCUACACUGCUUGAUAAAUCACGUCUUGAGGAGAUUAGCCGAGAACAAUGUACAGUGCAUAAUCGAUUAGUUGAAUUAGAAAUGGAACAUCAAAAACUGACAGAACUUAUUAGUCGAGCUCAAGGACGUAAAACUGGGCGAGAGAAUGAACAAUCGCUUUCUGCAAGUAAUUCUGAUAUUAAUGAAAAUGAUUAUAUGAAUACUGGAAUGUUAAGUAAAAAUUAUACAGAGACUAAAAAACUUCUGUUAAAGGUCAGUAUUAUUAUAGGUAUUAAAAUAAUCACAACAAUAUUGAUUACUGUUAUAUUCAAUAAUGUGACAGCUAUCAAAACUGUACUAAAUGAACAUCCAUGGAUAUCACCAGUGUUUGGUAUACAGGCUUUACUUUUCGGUGGACUACUCUUCUUUGUACCGAAUUCAUUGACCAGUAAACCAUGGAAUUAUAUUCUCCUCUCAUUGAUUGCACUGACAUCUGGUAUUGUAAUCUCGACAUUUGCCAUUCUUCCAUCAACUACUUGGUCAAUGUUAUCCUGGAUUAUCGCCAGUAUCCUAUUCGGUGUAUUCUUCAUUGCUGGUUUAAAGCUACAAUUUGAUUUAACAAGAUACUGGCAUUUAAUUAUUAUUUACGCAUUGAUAAUGAUGUGUCUAGGCUUUAUCAUAUCAGUACUGUUGAAUGAAUUGAAAACAGGUCAAGUAGCUAAUCAUAUACUUGGCGCAAUUUAUGUUCUUAUAUCUAUUCCUUGUAUUAUCUGUGAAGGUCAAAUGAUGCAAGGCGGGAAAUGUAUUGUAUUUAAAAGGAAACAAUUUGUAUUAGCAUGUUUAAUGUGUUGGUUUACGCUGAUCUGUACAUAUUUUGGAGUGCUGUUUCAACUAUCAGACUAUAAUUUCUUUGUAUCAUAUAUCUCUAACACAUAA